CCAAAGAAAGAAAGAGUCAAACGUUUGGCAAAACGUGAUUAGUCUUCGUGCUUUCCACUAAACCUCCCCCCUUUGUUUCUCCAAAUCUUUUCCUGGAAAUUUUCAUUAAUUUCAGGGAAUUAAUUGGAGAGAAAGGAGAGGGGAGGGUAGAGACACAACGAUGCCUUCUCCUCCGGAAGAAGAAACUCAACCCAAAACCGAUUCGGGUUCGGAUCAAACCUCUGAACGCGACACCAAUCCACCACCACCGCCUUCGCCGCAAUCUCAACCGCCUCCAUCGCAAACGCAACAGCAAUCUUACCCACCCGUUAUGGGCUUUCCAGGUUACCCUCAAGCCCCAUACCCAAACUACCCAAACCCACCUUACAAUCACAACCAAUACGCCUACGCACAAGCCCCACCCGCUUCAUAUUACGGUUCUUCUUACCCACCUCAGCAAAACCCGGUUUACCAAACACCCCCUCCGUCCGGUUUCUUCAGAGGAAUCCUCACCGGUUUAGUCGUUAUAGCCGUCUUCCUUUGCCUCUCCACCACCAUAACAUGGCUCGUCCUCCGUCCUCAAAUCCCGGUUUUCUCCGUAACCAAUUUCUCCGUCUCCAAUUUCAACCUAACCGAACCGGUAUUCUCCGCACAGUUUACCGCUAAUCUCACCGUCGAGAAUCCGAACACGAAACUAACAUCCUACUUCAAUCGGAUCCAAGGAUUCAUCUACAACCAAAACGCGGUCGCGGAAGAAGAUUUCUUGGCCAUGGAGUACUUCCAACCGGUUUACGUGGAGACCAAGAAAUCGGUUUUGGUAGGAGAAACCCUAACAGCUGGAGAGAAAGGACAGCGGAAAGUUCCAAGCUGGGUCGGGGAAGAGAUGAAGAAAGAGAGAGAUACGGGAACGGUGUCGUUUAAUCUGUGGAUGGCUGUUUCGGUCACUUUUAAAACCGAUGGUUGGUCGGCGCGGGAAAGAGGGCUUAAAGUGUUUUGCGGGAAGUUGAAAGUUGCGUUUGAAGGAGGAUCUGGAAACGGUGCCGUUUUGUUGCCUAAGCCUCUUCCUUGUUUGGUUUACGUUUGAUCCUUUUGCCUUCGAAGUUUUCUUCUUCUUGAUAUCUCUUGUAAUGUUUGAUUGUUUACAAGGUAUAGAAACCUAGUAAACGAAGUUACAAAGGGAAAAACAAUUAGGUUCAAUUGCAAAUCUAGGUGGAGAAAAAAAAAUCCAAUCGUUAUUAAAUCGAUCUUGUAAUCGUUUGAAUGUGUACAACAAAAAUGUGAUAUAAAUCCUUGAUUCAGAUAUGUUUGUAUGGCUCGACUCGUUCAAUCCACGGACUGUUUGAUCGAGGUUGAUUAAUAAAUAUUGGAGAUAACUAAGAGAGCAAAAUGUGUAUCUUGUAAAGUAAUUGUUGCUGUUCAAAUUCGAUUAU